AAACCCGACCCAAGGACCCUCCAAUUGCUGUAAACCCGCCCCUGGUCGGGCAGCCCAAACUAGGGUUUCGCUACUCCCUAUUCAUAAGCAACAUUUGCUGGAACGUGUAAUCUCUGUUUAUCUUGUCGCUGCAUUGAGGGUCUUCCUGUGUGUGAAUAAAUUCUUUUCAGAACCUCGAAUGGACAAUCACGAAGGAUUCUCAACGGUGGAUCAGCCCAAACCAGACCCUCCAGCGGACAGUACGGCGGGGGUUUCAAAGAUCGCGCAGCCCAUUUCAGUGUUUUCCUGGAAGAGAUUUACUUUUGAGCCUCCAGCGGACAGUGAUGUGGGAUCCUCAAUGUUCGAGCAGCCCAAACCAGGUUUGGUUAUACAACCUACUAAAAAGACCCUGCCCUGUCAACACUAUUUCAGUGCCAAUGGAUGCCGAAAUGGUGAAAAGUGCUCCUUUGCACAUGGAGAUUGUGAAUAUAAUGAACCAUUUUACAUUCCACUCAAGGACAAUGCUCAAGUGUUCCGACCUAUUUACAGUUCUCAUAUUAAGAGCCCACUUCAUCCUGCUAAAUUCGUUCUCUACACAAUGAAGGCAUACCCAUACAUUUGUCCUUACCAACUCAGAGUUAUUUUUGGAGAAAAAGGAGAGUUACUUCAGUGGAUCUGCAACCUUACUGGGGUCAAGAUAGUUGUUGAAGAUAACGAAGACGAUCCUUCUUUCAAGAAAAUCAUUUUGUCCGGUUCGAUUAAAUGUGUCUCCGAUGCAACACAUCUAGUGGAUGCUUUAUUGAAAAACUUUUUUUCUAUCUCAGCAGACGGUAAAAUCCCACCCGUGGUAGAGUACAAAACAAAGAUUUGUAAGAAUUUUGCUAAGAAGGGGUUUUGCAAGAAUGCAGAAACGUGUGUCUUUGCACAUGGUGACUCCGAGCUCUGCCCAUCUGCUGUUGAGAUUUUGCAGAGAACCAUGGAAAAAAUCAGGGCGCGGAAGCAGCGGAAAUAAGAAAUGGCAUUAUUUGUGGUACCCAUGUGUGAAUAAGUGGUGCAACUUGCUUGUAGUGUUCUCUAUUUACAUGCUUGUAGUGUUCUCUAUCUAUGCUUGUUCUAUUCUAC